GGAAGCGUACCACUCGUAAGUCCACCAAGCGAAACAUUGGAGAUGAACCGAACAAGCUCCGUGAACUUGACAUGUAUUGUGUCUGGCCAGCCUGGAUUCCACAUGAAUUGGUACAAGAACAGGGUUGUGAUUACCUCGCCGCAUCUGCCACCAUACGUGAAUGGCAGCGUCAAAAGUGUGUUAACUCUAAACCGUAUAAAGUACAAGGAUAGGGGAUCCAUUAUAUCCUGCACGGCCUGGUAUCCAACACUAUCCAUCAACUCUACGCGGCAUAUUCACCUUCUUGUUCGUGGUAAUAGUUAUUUUCAUUACUGCUUUCUUGCAAUAAGGUUUGCUUCUUAAUUAAUAAGGAAGGGACGACUUUCUUGUGUACGAUUAUAGUUUCUCGCAAUAUAAUUGUGUCCCCGGCCAAGAAAGUGAUAACUUUUUUGCACACGGUUGAAUUUCUCGCAAUAUAAUUGCUUGGUAAUGUGCACAUGAUUCGAAUGAAGUCCAGUACAAGAACUGUACCCAUAGUGGGUGUGAUAAUUAUAAGGAAGGAUAAAACGGUGGGAGAAAAUUUAGGGAAUUACAUUCAAGUUCAGCAGGACAAGAAAGCUAGUAAUUAAGGCAUAUGGCGAUAUUAAAUAAACAGAACAAAAACUUACCCCAGGGUAAGACGUUUAACGUAGAUUACAAAAUUUCGCAUGCCUGUUUCAACCGGGCUUUCCCGCCAUUUCAUAAUAAAAUAAAUAUGCUGGAGCCUGCUGACACUAGCAGAGUUGCUUGUAACCACACCCUGGGCACUUGUAUGUUUUGAAGACAGGGAACAAUCCAAGUGUUGAUUUAAAGCAGCGGUAUCGAACAGACUAGAUCAGGGGUAAUUAAAGUAUGGAGACUCCCACAUUUUGAUUGGCUGAUUUAUUCACAGUCACAGCAAUAGCCGGUGGACUGAGACAAUCAGAAGCGUGAUCAGAAAACCAGAAAGUAUUCCAAUAUUCUUGUCGUUUUCUUGGUUGCCUCAUUUCUUCAAGCUGUUUUCUAUCUUUUACUCCGUUACUUCUUUUUAAGUCACCACUAGUCAUUUAUCAUCGACGUACGUCAACAGGAAGUGAGUCCUUCUCGCUUUUAGUAUGCCUUGACCUUACCACAUUUGCAUUGCUAAUUGUUUUCACUCUUCUAGAAACGAUUGGCCGAAAACUGUUGCAAAACCACUGUUUAAGAAUACAAAACGUUUGCUUACGGCUGACGUGCAAAAAUGUCUUUGCUGAAGCACCCUAAUGUCCCACAAUAUGACCGUGCUAUAACUGUGUAGGGUGUUCAUGAAAGGAGGUUUAUCUGUACCCUAAAACUCUCAUUGUGCACAGGGCGACUGACGUAGAUGAGUAAUUCUGAUUCUGUUUCCAGCUCCACGGCUUGUCAUAUGUAUCUCUGAGGCUCAGGCCAGGCAAGUACAACUGCAUAUCAGGGACCCGACACCUGCCCACACUGCAAAGUACUUGGUACGUUACAAAACAAACGCUGAACGUUCUCAAUGGAUGUUGGAUGAACACAGUAAGGUCACACAUGGUGGUCACACUCUGCUAACGGUACAAGACCUGCAUCCUUAUACAGCGUAUGUCAUGGAAGUUGCUUCUUAUUAUAAAGAUCAAGACCAGGGUCCUUACAGUUUUCCUCAAAGUGUCAUCACAAAACAAGCGGGUAAUUGAACUAUACAACUUUAUAAGUCAUAUUCUGUAAAAAAUGGUUCCUUCAUAGUGUUAUUAUACAUGUACAUGUACUUGAACUUUCUCUAUUGCCUGACAGUGGAUGAUUUUAUAUAGUUAUAAGGUCUCUGCCUGCCAAUUUAUGACACAAGAUGUCUUAACUAAUCUGUUGGGCAUAGAAAGGGAAGGAACAGAAAAAAAAACAAACAAACAAAAGAAAAAGAAAUUUAUGAAAGCAUCAAUAAACAUAAACUCCCAACGGCUUAAAAUAUUAUAUUCUCUUUGAUUUGACAAUUGUUAGCUCAUAAAAUAACAUGCUAAGAUCUUCCUGAUUCUACACAAAAACUGAUUUUGCUUAAGCUCCUGACCGAACUUUUCGAAGCGUAGCUUAAGUUAUUGCCAUUCUUUGGAAGAACUAACAUAAAUCUUACAGUGGAGAAAUGAACAUUGUUAUAAAUUGAACUCAACAACUGUCAUUUUGGUUAAAGAAAUAAAAAGAAUUUAACGGCUGAUAAAACUCGGUUUCUAUGGUAACAACAAUGCACACAUCCCAAAGAUAUGAAAUUUCGCUUAGUUUGGCGGCCAUAUCUUCAGCGGUUUUAAAGUUAUGUUACUUUAAAGUUGAUGAUCCGGGUGGAGUGGCCUCAUAAGCUUGCCCGGUCUGAAUAGGUUUUUAUUGCAGUUUUUUGUUCGUAGUCCCAAGCGGUCCUCCUCGAGAUGUAUUAGUACUUCCCCGUGGUAAAGACACCAUCAAAGUCUUAUGGUCAAUUCCUAGCGCUGGAGACCGUAACGGUGUAAUCACCAAGUACGAAAUCAUCUUAUACAAACAAAAUGGCGUCACACAAACGUAUCCGACUAAAGGAGAGACAUUGUAUAAAGACAUCGGUGGACUGGAACCUAAUCAGCAGUAUUUCAUAGGAGUGCGUGCCUACACCAGGGUGGGACCUGGGCCUUACAGCCGAAAUCUCAGUCACUCAACAGGUAAGAUCUUUAAGAUAUGUAUCAUAAACCAGUAACUGUGCAAAGUUUAGCGGGAAAUUAAAGGGGGCGCAUGACUGAAUCGAAUCGAUCGAAUCGUGUCUGAUGUUUCUUUUAUCAUCUCAGAAAUCAGUGGAGAAUCACAACUGACAGUCGCUUUGGAGAAACUCAACAAGGUAACUGUUUCACAAAACAGCACUUGUUUAAUUUCUACACGGCUAUGGCCACGGUAAAAUUUAACGACUUCUCUUUGGAGAAGGUUUUGUGCCUUUACGGCAUGUUAUUAGGAAGUAUUAGAUGAGGCUGCGAAUUCCCUAAAGAAUCAUGCAGGCGAGGAGGUCGCUCCGGGAACUGCAUAAUUAUUCAGACCGUACCAAAGUCCAAUCCAAUAUUUGUUUCAUUAUUCAUUCAAAAUGUUUCAGACUUUAAACACGCUUACCCUUAUCAAUGAACUUGCUUUAUUCCUCCUCGGGAAAUUAAGAAUAUAUAACAGUUAUUCACCGAAGUGGAGGUGGCUAGUGGUGUAUCCACCGAGGCCGCGAAGCGGCGUGGUGUUUUCACCACCACUAGCCACCGACACUGAAAUGAAUAAUUGUUUUAGUAUAUACUAAAACAGUGAGAUAAUUGAACACAAAAAUGAUGAUUUUUAACUCAUUUACUGUUGCCAACGAUUACAAGUUUGGCCCGCAAUGACCGAACGGCCGCGGUCGUCGCUUUUUCUUGCCGACAAACAAAACUUUUGAAGGCAACUGUUUAUAAGCUCUCUCGAGAAAAUAUUUUGAUUCGACGGGCAAAUGAUUAAUUGUUUCAAUAUAACAACGAGCAAUAGGUCGCAUGCGAUGUCUUCUGAGGAGAAGAAACACCUUAUGGAACUAAAAUUGAAGUAGCAACUCCCUAUUUUCAGGUUUCAGUAACACCCACUACCGUAGUCGACGUUAUAAAGGAAGUAAGAAAUAUCACCUCCAAGUCGUCUAAAUUAGUACAAAAGGACCUGUCAAUCACCGUCAACAUCCUGGACAAGGUAGUUAAGACAAACGUCACUUCCCCUGAUGUAGGAGAUCACAUGUUGGGCACCUUAAGCCACGUAAUGGACGCGAAACCCGAAGCACUACAGAAUAAACAGCAGGAAAACAAUAGAUCUGCUAGGUAAACUUUACCACACUUUUCUUUCUUACUCCGAAAAAACACUGACAAGCACUUAGUUAGUUGCACAUAUAAUCACAUUUAGAUACACAGGGAUUCCAAUAAUAAAGUCUUGAAAUUAAUUGAGGGUAUAUCUUAAGGCAUCGACGCAUCUGUUCUCUUUUGAGUUUGUCUUUUGCAAUGAAAGAAAUAGCUUAAUAGCCUGACUCGUUCCCAGGCGUCUCUCCUUGCUAUUAAGCGUAUUACAGGCGUGUGCCUGCAUAAUUAUUGCACACUACAUGGUGAAUCGUCGCUUUCUGUUUUCCGCGCAGUGGUGGUACCUGGAUAAAGUAGACGAGUAGUUGACCUUUUAUUGUAGGUGUUUUGUAGAUUAUCUUUUCUCUAGUAAUUAUUUUUUUAUUAACGGUUUUAGGUUUGUUCGGAUUCUCGAGGAUUACAUUGACAAGGGGGGAAAAUUCAGCGAGGAUACAUCCAACAUCGCAGUUAUUACACAGCCGAUAAAUCAGGAAAACAACAACCUUGACGUUUCCAUUAAGACUACAGUGGAUAAAAUCUUUGUGAACUUGAGUUCAAAUUCAACUGACGAAAAUAGUGAAGCUAGUAUAACCAUACGCAAUUCAAACGCAAACGGCACCGACAAUUCUACAUUAAUAGUUGUUUACUAUCGAACUAGCAAGCUUUUUGCACCUGAUUAUCGGAGUACAGAAGUUUGUAAGGGAAGUUACACUGCGCAAAAGUUGAACAUGGUAGAACGACCGAAGACUUCAAGUUACACGAUGGAGAACGCUACAGGAAGCAGAGUGACUGAGAGUAGCCCUGUGCUAUCUGCAAGUUUGAGAAACAAACGAGUGACAAACCUCACCACACCCUUAAUCAUCAAGUUUAAAAUGCCUCGUGACCAGGUAUGGCCGAUCAAUGCAUGUGGUUGAUAUAAGUGACUUUCCUGUUUCCUGUGGUUCCUUUGUGUUCGAAGUCAUUUCUAAUUAAAUUUUGUCAAAAUUGGAAAAUAGCGAUUGAUGUCGUGUUUGAUUUAACUUGUUUUUCUUUUGAAUUGUUUAAGCGAACCAGUUGUCGAAAGGAUGAAGGAACGAGAGGGCUGUUGAAAAAACAAAACCAACAACAAAACUCGUUUUCUCGUUAAAUUAUGGCCGGUACAUGGUCGCAGUCUGUUUCUGUCUGAUCUAUGGCUUUUUCCAAAAAAAUUGUACAAGGUGGAAAAGCGCUAUAUGAGGGGGGCGUAAGGGGGGUACGAAUACCGCAAUACCGCACGUGGUAGCGCGAGAAUACCGCAAUACCGCAUCAAAAUUUAGCCAAAUACCGAAACCGCAGUUACAAAUGGGAAAAAGUUGACGUUGUCAAUACUACAAACCCUCCUUUCAAAUAGAAAUAAUACUUUUAUGUCAGUGUUUCCAAAUCAAGGUGCGUCGAUGUCAAGCGCACGAUAAACAUAAGAUCAUCGCACUCGUUUAGCUUUGUUUAUUACAUGUAUACGUUUACGUAAAUGAUACAACAGGAGUUUUCUAGUAUCACUUUAUAUAUUACUGGACUUGGAUCAUAAACGGACGGAAAACAGUUGACUCUUGGUUGUUUCAGAUUCACAAUUAACUCGGUUCUGUGUUGAGGGUUUCAAAACGACCCGGGCUGCCUUUUGGAUUCGAAGGGCACACAGUACACACUAGCCUGCGUAGCAUGGCGGUUUUGGUUUAGCGCGCUAAAUAAUAAGUCGAAAUAAGGCGGGCGCGGGCGAGGAGAUUGGGGCGGGAGCUGCUUCGCCGCUCACGGUGGUGCUGCCGACAAAACCAUGUAAAACUGCCAUGCCCGGGGUGGGGGGGUACUUGGGUUAAUAUUUGGUUGGUAUGUGCCGCUGGCCUCUCAGAGCCCCUACCCCAUUACAGUCUAUUCUGUGGCCAAUUAUAGACCCCAUCUUAGUCAUUUGAACAAAUAUUUGAUUUUCGCGAUCCCAACUUCGUCACUUUCUAUUUUUAUGAAUUGACCUUGUUUUAGAUUGAAUGAAGAACACUUUACUUUUCAUCUACAAUACAAACAUUCUGGUACCUUUGCUAACCGUAAAUAUGAGGAACUGUCUUACCCCAAAAAAGCAGAAAAUGUGCGACCCCAUUCUAAAAAAACUCUCUGAAAAUGCGACCCCAUUAUAGUCAAUCCAGUCGUGAAAAUUCGACCCCAUCCAGCGGCACAUCCUCAUUAGCCUCUUAUCAGGAAGUACCCCCCCACAACCACCACCACCCCGAGAUGCUAUGCUACGUAGGGUAAGCAGGGUAGGGUAAUUCCUGAAUGCACAACGAGAAGGACAAUUGUUUAGUAAUUUUUAGACCACGCCAUCUUUAUAGAUUAUCUUUCUACACUACGCAAUUUAUAACGAUCUCACUGACCUCACUAUUUCCUGGAAUAUCUGACUGAUCACUUAGUUGACCCCGCUGGAUCGCUCUCUAUUGUUUGGCGACUGGCACAAAAGUGGUGGUAAGAUUGGUUUAAAGGAGGUUAACCAAGCUGACUAUUCCUACAAGGUCCAUGAAGUCAUAAAUAAUUUGCGACAUGUUUACGUAUUAUUGGAUGAAAAAGUUAAUGUCGUUAAUCAUAUCAAGUAUUAACUGAAAUUAGAAGCCAUACGAUUUGUCUGCACUGUUUGCGCAAAACAAUCCCCGACUGUGCACACAGGUCACGCAGGCUAGCCAGGGAGACCUUUUAGGAUUUGUAUCCUCUUGUCAUGAAAAAGAAGCAGAUCACCGCGACACAAAGAUUUUUUCACCGACUACCGCGGCGUAAAAUUUAAACUUACCGCAAACCGCUUGGACUCUGAAAACCGCAAUACCGUACUUUGAAAUAAAAAUUACCGCAACACCGCACCAAAAAUGACCCAAUACCGCAAUACCGCAAACCCUUACGCCCCCCUCCUAUAUAUAUGAAAAAGUGCAGAAUAUUGUAAUGUCACGUUAAUGCGGUGUGAAAUCAGAGGAUUAUUUCCUGUAGUAUAUUAAGUAUAUGAUAUAUUUGCGAAAAUAAGUGCUGUUAAUUAAAAAAUGGUUGGUUGAUCGUCUUUUUACAUCAGCCAGAUACUAAUUAAGCGAGUCGCAAACGUUUUUAUACGUUUUUUAUUUGCGGAAAUAACAAUACCAAAGAAUUCAAUGCAAGUGAAAUGACGUUUUGUAGUCUGCAUGCAUUAAACAUGCUUCUGAUUGGCUUUUGGUGGACGCUAGUCACUAUGCCCAUGAUGGACUAGAAGCAAAAGUAGUCACGGAAUAUUCUUCGAUUUCAUGACUGAUCGUUUUUAUGAACUUAACUUUUAUUAACUUUAGGUUGUAAAAACAAGGUGUGUUUGGUGGAAUUUUGAAAAAGGUGGGUCUGACUUGACGUUGUACUUUAAAGAAGUUGUGUUGAUCCCUAUUUAGUACCUGCUGAAGCUUUUAGAGAAAAAAAUAUUUUUUUACCCCCUUAUGAAUAACUUCAAGAAUACGGUCUGAGGACAAUUUGGGCACAAAACCCGACAAGUAAUUUAAACGUCGGUAAUUUAGACUGAGUUAGAUGCUUGAACUAGCGCUUAUAAUGAUACAGGAAAGGGGUAAUUAUCAUUUACAAUUCCCUUUUAAAAUUACUGUACUGGUUUUCUUCUGUUAGACAAAUACAAUUAUAGGUAAAUAUAUGGAUCAUUGCAGAGGAUUUAUUGCCAGUAACCUCCUGAUCGGCCCUCUUUUAUUCUGACGUUUGUAGGUGGUUGGUCGACUGCAGGUUGUUCUUUACGAAGAAUAGUUAAUGAUACUAUUAUUUGUGAGUGCGAUCACAUGACCAACUUUGCAGCCUUAGUGGUAAGUAAUUUUUAAAACUUUUAUAUAUAGCAGCACCUUGGCACUGGGACAAAUUGACCUUAAUGUCAGUUAAGUUUCGACUUCCUUGCCACCCCAAAAAAUCAUCAGUCCAAUUUUGACGGUUCUUUGACUCCUGCCGAAGGUCGUGACUCUAAAAGAAGAGUAGUUUAAACGGAUCUCAGUCUAUUAGCUCCAAAAGUGAUUCAUAGUGCACCACACUCUAGGCUAGUUGUGGAACAAUAAAACGAAAAUAUUCAUUACCACUAACAUAAGCCAAAAGAGGUGCUGAUCCAUUCAUUAUUUACUUAAGGUAUCUAACAUGAUAUGGCCGGCUCUGUUUUUCACACAGGAUAUUGAUGGCCCGUCAUCCAAAGCGUGCGGUGAACAUUCCAAGGUGUUAUCACUCAUCAGCUAUAUCGGAUGUGUAUUGUCUAUUUUGGGUCUAUCGCUGACCAUUAUUACAUUUGGACUUUUCAGGUAAGAUUUCUUCAAACCUAAGACAAGCGUGUAAAGUAAUAUUUAGAAUACACAGUUCUCAUCGUUUAAUAACUUAUUUUCCAUUUUCGUAUUUGUAGAACAAUUUCACAUUUUGUUUUGACAGGAAACUAAGAAAUGAUCAGAUCGCCGCGAAGAUAUUGCUUCACCUGUGUGCCUCGCUUCUAUGUGUACUGAUUGUUUUUGUGUCAGGGGUGGAGAGGGGCAGUGUAUCUGAAGACGCCUGUCUCAUUGUAGCAGCACUCGUGCAUUACUUCCUACUUGUAGCGUUUCUAUGGAUGCUGAUCGAAGCGUACUUCAUGUAUCAGGCUUUUGUCAAAGUGUUUAGAGACUAUGGUGAUUACGUCAUGUGGAAAUGUUCCGCCCUGGGGUGGGGUAAGUCAAAAACUGCACACCUCAUUAACUGCAUGUGUUUCCAGACGUCUCUCUAUCGAUGAAAAUUUGCUCGCAAAAGAAGGCAGGAAUAAAAAAGGGCUUUGCCUGUUAUCUGUCUUCUUCCCAUGGUCCCUUGCGCUUCGUAAACAGUCACACGUGUCUUGUGCUCGUCUUUGUUCGCCACCAAAGUGCGAAAACGAAGCGCUUGAGGAGGAGGCAGCCUCAUUAACAUCUUUUCAGAGCGCAGUCUCUUUGCGGAACAAGGCUGAACGGUGUAUUUCACCUUUCACAUCAACCUCGUCCCCAGGGCUUUUAACCUCGUCCCCAGGGCUUUUCCGUUAAAACAUGGGUGGGAAAAGCCCUGGCGACGAGGUUGCUUUCAUAUAACUAUAAAAAGGAUAAGGAAAUCAAUUUGUAGUGGAAGAAUUUGUAGUAGAAGAAUUUACGAGUAAGGUUUUAUUGCCUCUUACGCUGGUAUUUUAAUUUCUUGAUUUUCUUUUCAGGUCUGCCAUUUAUCGUUGUAGUAGUCACUAUUGCUGUGGAUAAAACCAGCUAUGGCGGAAAACACUAGUGAGUAUGACAAUUAACUUGCUCUAAGUAAAAUAAAAUCAAGGUUAUCUGAUAUACGUGUAGCUUGCCUUAAACACAAGUUGAUACUUGUCAUACUCAGUUAUGAUGUAGUUUAAAAUUGUCCUUAUAAUUACAAAAGAACAAGAACGCUCUUAAAAUCGGUAUUUCGAGCUUGCUUAGAGAUAAGAUAAGAAAUUAGGAGGCGAUUAAUUCUAAACGCUUUUUCACGUCCUACUUUAUCGACGUGCCAGUAUUCUUUAGGAUGUUUACUUUUUAUGUCGUAGUGCACGAAUUGUUUCUGAAUUGAUUGAGUACAUAAAUACACGAAAAUCAAGGGCCUCGAUUCUAGAGAAACUACAUCAUUGCAAAAGAGCAAAACCGUGAUGAACAUGGUGCGUCAUUUCAAUCAUAGCCGAAAACAAACCGCAUACUCACCACAAAGCUCGUUUGCAUAUAAUGAAAAUUUACAACAACAGACCAGUUAACAUCACCAUCGAAAUUUUCUCAUUAAGAUUCUUCUUUUUUUUUGAUCACUGAAAUAUUCACUAGUUCCAAAGUAAUCAGCGCUUUCAAGCGACAGAAUUCGUGGACCGACCCCAGCAGCAAAAGCUCGACACCUUUCGCAUUAGUCUUUCCUAAGAGAGAAUAUUUGUCUUUCCUAAGCUUUCUUCACAAACAUACAUGACUCCGGUCACGCCGCGAUUCUUAUCCCCAGUUUCCACGGUCUCCGCUAGGAACGCCUGCUAACAUGACUACCCUUUUGGCGUCCACACACGAAACGCUUGCAUUUUGAGAGUCUCGCUGCUAAAGCAAGCUCGAUCAAAGAGUGUAAAUUUAAAUUCAAGCUUUGAAUAACUGUGGUCGUCAGUUCGCGGUUUUUCUGAAUUCAUCACUCGCACUUCAGUUUUCAAUACAAUUCAACUUCAUUAAUGCAUCGAAAUGCGGAUCGCACCCAAUCACUUCAACACUGGUUACAACAGCCUGCAUCGCAGAGGUAAUUAGAUUUAGAGCCCUGGGGUUUAGUUUCGUCUGUGGCGUAGGUUAAGGUUACAAGCAUAUAAGAUAGCUGGAUUCUGAAAAGAAAAACCAAGCUUGACUUGAGAAAUCCGCUCAAAAGAUUUAAAGUUCUCGAAAAGCAACCUCUUGCACUAGAGUGAAAUGUCUCUCUCUUUUCAGUUCUAUUCAGAAAUCUACACUACUUCUCAACGUAUUGCUAGGAAAAACAGAACUCUAAAUCUCGCGCUUUGCUUUUAAAUCUACCCCUCAGGGAAGACGUUACAACUGGCAACUGAUUUAAACUAUAACUUACAAUAACUUUUAUUAAAGCCUCAAGAAAAUGAGUGAGACGCUGAAAAUUUCACCAUUUUAAACUUGUCUGAUUCUGUUGAUACUUUAGAGAACUGAUUUAACAUAUUCAAACUCAUUUAAGCGGUAAAACGUUAAUGCCUCUCCAUCGAGAAUUUCCUGCAGUUCCGCGGUCUACCAAGUUUCAAUGCAAAACCAUAAAAAUCUCAGGACAUUGCGGCCAGUACAACUUGGAAAUGACUUGGGCUGGUCCAAUAAAGACUGUAGAGGAGCCUAUACAAAAAAGAAAAAGGGCAACUAAUAUAUAUCAAAUCGUUCAAGAGCGCUUUUUUUGAAACGAAAGUCUGUGUUAAGUAAAGCCAUUAUAGCCCUAAUUUCUGUGGAAAGUCCCAUAUCGUGCUCCACCUUGAAUGCUGGAAAGCUCCUGUUUCAAAAUUCAAUUAUGUCAUAAAACUCACAAAUUUCUUUAUUUAUUUUGCAGCUGUCGUCUCGGAAACAUGGCAUUUUACGCGGCUUUUGUCGCACCAGUUGUUUUUGUCAUGUUUGUCAAUACAAUAGUCUUCCUUUUAAUCAUGUACAAACUCGCCACGCGUCCUCAGAACGCAGCUGAUCCUGACCGCGGUAGUGAAGGUCUUCUGAAGAUCAAGCGAGCCUUUGGAAUUCUUAUUUUGGUUGGUAUCACGUGGAUGUUUGGUUUCUUUGCAGUAGCUGACGCUCGUCUUGUGUUUCAUUACCUCUUUGCUAUCUGCAACAGUCUUCAAGGUUUUUCAAUCUUCGUUUUCUAUUGCGUUAUACAAAAGAAAGUACGCGAGUGUUGGUGGGCUUUGCUGACGUGUAAUUUGCGCACUCUUGAGAAGUCAAAGUCGAUGUACUUAGAUUCUUAUGACCGUCGGCGUCUGUCGUCUGCCAGCAGAAUUCAGUUGGAUGGCAUGCGCACAAGAAGCAACACUGUGCUUUCCCAGGUCAGUAAAACGGUUACUUAUUCGUGAAGUGUUAAGUUGAGGCAUGCUUCGCUGGGAGAACGUCCCAUAUACGGUGUACCAACAAAGACAAAAUACUUACCUUUCAAAUUUGAGAUCCCACCAUAAGGGUUUGGUUGGGUAACGAAUUGAAUCUGAUUUACUUGUAAUGCCAUCUCACAUUAUGCGUUUUAGUUAAGAAAUUUCUUACCAUUCACGACUAAGCCUUGACUACAUUUGAAGACUUGCCAAUUUUCACAUUUUCUACUCGCUGUACACUUUACUUUUAUUGCUUGGUAGCCUUACAUGCCACCGUUUGUAACUUUUGUAUUAAAUUUUUAAGUGAUGCUACUAUUAUAGAAUAGAAAGAGGAUUACAAGAUAAUACUAGCUUGUCAAUCUAAUGUUUCAGGAAUAAUAUGACACUUCUUUUUUUUUCUGCCCUAAAAGAUUCUUCCAACACCAUUACAUCGAGAAGCCUCUUCCCCACCAGAUGUUGUUCUUGACUGUCAUCACCACAACAACAUAAUGUACGAUGAUGAUCAAGCUCAUUGUGCUACAACAUUUGAAUCACUGAGUGAUUAUCAGCUGGCUGACUUGUACGAAAGCCAGUCGAUUGAAAUAGAGGACUCUACGGAAGAACUUCCCAAUGUUUUGUCACAUAUGCCUGGCUCCAGUUCACCGAGUUUGUUAUCUCAAGGAACCCCUUCCCGGAAUGCUAGCGUGCGGAGCUCACGAGCAUCGGCAAAGUCUGUACAGUCCACACCUAAAAUGUUAAGGUUGCCUCAUAUCCAUGCUUUGCGUCCUGUCAGAGUUUUCAAAACCUCCCCUGAGAAUUUGCCUCAUAAUAAAGAGACUCUCAAGAGAACAGCGUCACAUACUCCUGACGCGACGAGGCCAACUAUGUGCUCUUUACUAAGAAGAACUAAAUCCGCCAGCGGCUCAUUGGACGACUUAAGACAGAGUGUUGACUUAAGUAUAAGCAGUGACCAGACUUCAUGCGAGUCGCUGAGCUUAGAAGGCUGUAAUAAAACAAAGAAACACUAUCUUCGUGUCCCUGUUGACAAUCUUGGUGAGUAUGUACAUACCAAUAGUUACUCGAUCUCACUCUGCUUCCUUACUUGUAUUUUCGUACAAAGAGCAAUGCAUGUUAGAAUUGCCUAUGCAAAAAACUGAGUGAUAUAGAUUCUCUAAUUAAAACGAUCAGUGCGUUCAGCGAAACAACUUUCAUUUCAAUUUUUGGAAACCUCAACGUUUAAUGUCUCGUAUAUAAUUCAAUUAAAUAGUAAUCAAUGAACUCCGAUCCAAUAUUUAGCAAUUAAUGAAUGAUGAAGAAUUAAGCAGAUCGAGGAGGGCGUUGUCCACUGAGGCCGAAGGUCGAGUUUAAAAACAUAGCUAAAACAUGCUUACCUUCAUAGAUGUUAAGUUCAUCUUCGAUAGUGUACGUUUAGGUUUGUCCAGCUCCGCAAAUAUUCUCCAUGCAAAUAGCAGAUGUCGCCCCCCGAGUUGUCUUCUUGCUGUUUUUGCCAUGUUUUUAGCAAUUAUUUCGCAUAGUUCCAGCAGUAGUUCUUACUCUUGAAACGAGUGAAGUGUCCGCCGUUUUAGUUUUCUGAACGAAAACAACUCAACUUCGUCCCCAAGUCUUCUCGGUUAACGGUGUAUUAACCCUUUGAGGGCUGCAUUUUUGACGUCAUUUCCUCGUUAAACACAAAAUUCUUCCGAAUUUGGUCAUCGGUAACUGGUGAUGGUGAAUUAUGUGUGUUCUUUUAGCAAAUCAGAAUUGGGGAAACAUUUGGAAUGAAUAAUAAAUAUCCCUAAUACAUAAAUAAUUCAUGAUCUGGGAAACGAGGGAAAUUGAGAUUUAGUCAUUUUUAACCUAAAAUUUAUUUUGACCUUCAACAUAAACAGAAAAGAAUGCGCGAGCUUACAUUUGAUAAGACAAUGCUUAAUAGCAAUAGGCGUAUUAUAAUGUAAAUUCACUUUAAUUUUCUCUUAUUGCUUCCAAUUUCUCUUUAAUUUAUAUUUGACAAUGACGACAUGCUACCUUCGAAACGUCUUGUCUUUAGUGCUUUACGAAAUUUUUCGUUAUUACUGUGAUGUAAAAAAAAGAGAGAGACAAAAGCGGGACUCAGUUUUUUAAUUUGGACAUAACAUAACGUCAAGUGGUACGUGCAGCAAUGUUUUUUACCCUCACUAUUGACUUUCGUUUAAGUUUUAACAUGGAGACUUUGUUCAGUUUCAUGAAGGUCUGUUGUCGGGCUUUUCAUUAAUAGUUAGUAUGUUCCAAAACCUUGAUUGGCCGACUUCCUUUCUUUUAAGCUAAAAGUCGUCUUAAGAGAAAAUGCUCUUGUAUCUCCUUUUUCUUAGUGAGUUUUCUUUUUGUCCUUUUCAGGUGCGCAAAUCCUGGGUCCACUUAGAGGUUCAGUCAGAGGAUUUGUAGGAUAUGUUGAAACGACUGUUGAAAACUUCGACUUGUUAAUUGACUUAGAGAGGCAAAGGACCUUGUCCCGUCCUUGUGCUUCGUCUCCUGAAGCUGAGAGACUUUCGCUAUCUUAG